ACAAGUGUGUAUGUCAGUGAUGCCAACCGGCAAAUAUUGAGAGUGUUUCGCCUCUUUAUUCACCCGAUAAGUAAUUGUGCUUUCAAUUUGUGUGGUGUCAUUUGUGUAUUAAUCAACAUAGUGUUAAAAAUUUUUUUUUGUUCGCUUUCUUCUAUCAAUAGUAAAAAAAGAGUCAUCGCAGUGACGUUAGUUACAACAAAGACAUAAUCUGGAAUUUUAGAUAUUUAGAGCAUUUGCAAUUUUUAUAAUUCACGGUGUAAAUUUGUGAUUGGAAUUGGUUGUACACGGUAAAUUUGGGUAGGAAAAAAGAAAAAAAGAUGUUUCGAAGUUCGAGUUUAGAUAAAACAUUGGAUGUUGCAUGUUCGCAUUUACGUUUAGAGCCAGACUGGCCAUCGAUUCUACUAAUUUGUGACUUGAUUCGACAAAAUGACUCAACGCCAAAAAAUGCAGUUCAAUCGAUAAAAAAGAAGUUGCUGUCACCAAAUCCACAUACCGCCUAUUACGCGUUACUAGUACUUGAAAGUGUUGUGAAAAAUUGCGGUUCGCCCAUUCAUGACGAAAUCGCGACCAGAGAAAAUUGUGAAAUAUUUACGCAACUCAUCGAAAGUACACCGCAUGAAAAUGUCAAAACGAAAAUGCUGGAAUUGAUCCAGGCAUGGGCCUAUGCAUUCCGUACCUCUGACAAAUAUCAAGCGGUCAAAGACACAAUGACAAUUUUAAAAACGAAAGGUCACCAAUUUCCCGAACUCAAAGAAGCCGACGCAAUGUUCACCUCGGACACAGCCCCAAUAUGGCACGAUGGAAAAGUGUGCCAUCGAUGUCGUGUGGAAUUUUCUUUUACGCAACGAAAACAUCACUGUAGAAACUGUGGCCAAGUCUUUUGUGCACAAUGCUCGGCCAAAAGUUGUACUUUACCCAAAUUUGGCAUCGAAAAAGAGGUUCGUGUGUGCGACGGUUGCUAUGCAGCACUCCAAAAACCAAGCUCAGGUACUGUGAAACGUAGCGAAGGUCCAAACGAUUUACCAGCCGAAUAUUUGAAUAGCUCAUUGGCACAACAAGCGCAAACUCCAGCCCGUAAAACCGAACAAGAAUUGAAGGAAGAGGAGGAAUUGCAAUUAGCAAUAGCGCUCAGUCAAUCGGAAGCUGAAAUUAAGAACAAAAAGGCGACGUCAUACCGUGCGCCAACUCGUAAGACGAGCAGCCCUGAAGCAGCGAACAAUGUAUCGCCAGUGGCACCGUUUUUAGAGCGUGAUGCAAGUCCCGUGUCGACGGCCGCCGCUUUCGAUGACCGAACAACCGAUCCCGAAUUGGCCAAAUACUUGAAUCGUGAUUAUUGGGAGCAACGUGGAAAUAGCGCACCAAAUGGUCACAACCAAUCGAAUGACAUGCCGGCCAAUCCAACGGCACCAACACCAUCGGCAACACCACAACCAAAUACGUUUCUUACCAAUCCUAUUUUAAAUGCAAAUAACACCAACGAAGAUGCAGAAAUCGACAAUUUUGCGUCCAAUUUGAAAACGCAAGUGGAAAUCUUUGUGAAUCGCAUGAAAUCGAAUUCGAGCCGUGGCCGUAGCAUUUCGAACGAUAGUUCGGUGCAGAAUCUAUUUUUGAAUUUGACCGCAAUGCAUUCACAUUUGUUGGAUUACAUCAAGAAAUCCGAUGAUAAACGGAUGUGGUUUGAACAGUUACAGGAUAAGCUAACGCAAAUCAAAGAUUCUCGGGCUGCAUUGGACGUAUUGCGGCAGGAGCAUCAAGAGAAAUUGCGCCAACAAGCCGAAGAGCAAGAGCGACAACGUCAAAUGCAAAUGGCAUACAAAUUGGAGUUGAUGCGAAAGAAAAAGCAGGAAUAUUUGCAGUAUCAACGUCAAUUGGCAUUGCAGCGCAUUCAAGAGCAAGAGCGUGAAAUGAAAAUGCAUCAAGAUCAACAAAAGGUGAUGUAUAGCAUGGGUGUACAAUCGCCGUAUUCAUCACCAUAUAUGCAACCGCCGGGCACAUCUCAACAACCAAGAGUGUUGCCCAAUGAAUCGUCACCAGCUCACAUGAUGCCACACACCAUGAACAACUAUGGACCUGGUCCAACUGGACCAAUGCCACCGGGCAACUAUGUACCACAUCCAAAUCCACAAAUGGAACGAUAUAAUCCUAUUCCGCCGCAACAACCGCAACAGCUACCACAACAUCAGCAGCAACUACCGCCGCAGCCGCAGCCGCAGCCGCAGCAACCAAUGUACUCAACCGUUGGUGGUCAACCAACAUCGAUUGUAGCUGGAAUGCAUACCGUGCCACAGCCAUACCCAAAUGCAGUCGCUAUUCCGAAUGCAAUGCCAAAUAUGGCACCACCAAAUAUGGGCGUUCCAAAUCAAGCAUUCCCACUAUCACAAAUGCCUCCGGUACACACGCAACACAUGCAACCCGAACAACCGGUUCAAUAUGCACCACAACACCAACCAUUACCGCCACCAACACAACAGCCACCUCAACCUCAGCCACAACCUCAAUUACCACAACCAGAGCAACAGCAUCAUCAAAUUGCACCCGUUGCUAAUGUGCCUGCUCCGGUACCAGUCGUAGAAGAGAAGGAGCCCGUUCAAGAGAACAAACCGGCUGUUCCCGAAGCCGAAUUGAUUAGCUUCGAUUGAACUAACCAAAUGAUAUAGUAAUUAAAAAAAAAAAAACAGAACAAAAAAACACAUUAAGAGAAAUGAUAACAUGUUUAUAAUUCAGCAACGCGCUGACCCCCCACAGUCCCCUGCCAAGAAAAAAAAACCCAUUGAUGCAAUGAAACGGUUAAAGUUUAUAUGAAAACCCUAUGAUGAAAUUAUAUUUGUUUAACGUUUCUUUAUUCUAUUCUUUUCCAUUUCCUUUUUUUCAGUUUUAGUUCAGUUCUUUUUCUAAUUAACAUUAUUUAACCAUAACAAAAUGAAAUUAUUAUAAAUAUUGUCCAAUUUAUGAAGAAACUAUUCAAUAAAGUUUUUUUCUGGCAGUUUAAAA